GUAGGCCUUUCGUUCUCCCAGCCCCGAUGAAGAGACCAGUUAAAUAAUAAUGAGCCUUGUGAGAUAAUCAUUUGCUCCUUUACCAAAUCCUGUACAACAAUUUUUCUUUGCUUAAAAAAAAUAAAUCUUCGUUCAAAGUAAUAGUCUGAGGCAGAUACGAGUAGAAAUCUAGUCGUCAUAAUCUCAGACUAUUCAGUCAGCGUAAAAAACCUAUAUUUUGUAUAAAAUAAUAUUGUCCCUUUAUUCCUAAAUCUACAAUUUCAGGUUACUGUUUUACAUUGACUUCCGGUUUAAAUCGAAAGUUGCAACAACAAGCAUGACCUCUAUGACUGCAAGAAAGGCGAUGUGGCUGCCUACUUCGUUGCUGUAAACUACAGUAAACCAACCACAUCAACAAACAGCAAAGUAUUUCAGACGUAAAAUACCGUUUCAAGUUUAGAUGUAGUGUUUUUUAAUGUAAUAUGAAUUCUUUGUCCUUCUCAAGAAACUGUCUACCAUGGCGGAGAUAAAGUGGAAGAUCGCGACGAACUGAUGCAAGAAUCAGCUGCGUUGUCUUGCUUGGGCGUAAGGCUGGGUCUUCUGGUGUGACUGUUCAGUGUUUGGCGGACAUUCAUUCAUCAUAUAAGGCUACUCAUGUGAGAUCUUCAAACUUAAAAGCUAUUCGUGGCAGACAUUGACUUUUGAAUAUUAAUCAAAGGCCUGUGGCCUGUAAGCUUUUUUUCAGAAAACAAUCAAAAUGAGAAGCAUUGGUGGAGGUGUUGCAGGUAUGGGAUCUUCAAAAGAACCCACACAACGCAAGUUGUUCCGACGUCGCACUGUGAAGAGCAACACAGAAAAUCGUUUUGAUAUUCAGACCAUUGGUGCAUUUAAGUUGAUUCCUUCAUAUACUCCAUCUCAUUUUACAACCAAUCGCCCCUUAAUGGGACAGUGCUGCAGAUGUAUGCCUCUAAGUCAAAGAGAGCUGAAAGACACAGGCCUCAAAGAGCUUGGCAUGAGAAACUUGUUUGAUGUAAGGAAUGAAAUUGCAAGCUCUAGUAUUUUGAGCCAGUUGUUCCCGUUAGAGGCAUAUACUCUUCAAAGACCUCUGUUUAAUACUUAUCCGGAUAUCUCUAGUGUUGUACUGACAAGCCCUCGAGUUGUCAAUGCAAUUCAAUGUACAGCCGAACAAAUGAUAAGAGGAGUUCAUUGUGAGGAAGAUGUCAUGUCAAAACAGCUGUUAGUUAUAAGGAAAAGAUGUGUAAAAAUCAUCAACACCAUGAAAGCUUCUGUUUCUCCGGUUUUUAUUUCCAUUACUGCAUGGUUUCUGACCCGCUUUCUCGCUCGUUUCGUUCAAAGUGUACAAGUGUGCCGUGGACAAAUGAUGAUGAUUCGGCAGUCAAGUGAAAAAGAGAUCCCAAUGAUAUAUUUGCCUUUACAUAGAAGCCACCUUGAUUACAUUUUAGUGACUUUGAUCCUGUGGCACUAUGACAUCCGUGCUCCGCAUGUAGCAGCCGGAGACAACAUGGAUAUUCCAUUUUUCAACCUGUUGAUGAGAGCCCUUGGGGGAUUUUUCAUCCGCCGGAGAUUGGACAGUAAAAAGGGUGAGAAAGAUGUGCUGUAUAGAGCUAUUCUCAACGAGUACAUGAGCUUUCUGCUUCGCAAGGGUGAAAACCUAGAAUUUUUCAUCGAAGGUGGCAGAACCCGGACUGGACGGUCUGUGAACCCGAAAGGGGGACUUUUGUCUGUUGUAGUGGAUGCUUUCAAUGAAGGGGAAAUAUCUGAUGCUUACAUUGUUCCUGUGACAUUCAGUUAUGAAAAAAUCAUCGAUGGAAAUUACAACAGGGAGCAAAUGGGUAUCCCAAAAAUAAAGGAAUCUUUCUGGGGAGCCAUGAAGGCGAUAUUCCACGUCUUCUUUAACAAUUAUGGUAAUGUCAGAGUUGACUUUUCUCAGCCGUUUUCUCUUCGGGAAUUCCUACAGCAUUCAAAAGACCACCCAUAUAACCCUUUGACAGCAGAAAGUUCAAGAAAAGUGCCCUUGAAUCAUAGAGUUUCAUAUCCAAACUUUUCUCAAGCCUUGAUGCCUACAAAUGGGGAAGAAAGUGUUCGGAUGUCUGUUAAAGCCCUUGCUGAUCAUGUUGUGUACUCAAAUGACCGCUGUACACCACCAAUGUCUACACACCUGACUGCGUUUCUGCUGCUCACCAAAUACCGCCAUGGUGCCUACAUGAAAGAACUCGUGCAAGCUGUUCACUGGAUAGUUCGUGAACUGCAAGGGAUUCGUAUAGAUGUUGGGUUUUGCGGUCGACCUGAAGAUGCUAUUUUGCAUGCUCAGAAGCUGUUGGGAAGCGAUCUCAUCUCCACAGCAUGGCAUGCAGAGAACAAUGACAUUAAGCUGGUCCCCAACCUCCUGCUGCCAAAUGUGUUUGAACUGAGUUAUUAUGGUAACUUGGUCUCCACACAUUUUGCUCUGGAAAGUGUCGUGGCCACUGCCGUGCUGUAUGAAAGUGGCCUUUCUUUUUAUCAUCUCCAAAGUGCGAAUACCAUGGAGCAAGUCAAAGUGUCCAGAGACAAGGUGCUGGAAACGGCAGAGGAAAUCUGCAAUAUUCUCCACAGUGAAUACAUAUUUGUUCCACCAUGUGGCUACAUUAGCUCGGUUCUCAUGGAGACAUUGGAAAACAUGAUCUCAAAAGAAGUUUUGUACAUAGAAGAUAGCCAAGGCGAUGAGAUGAUGUUUGAGGGGAAGGACAGGAGGUGGGCAGAAAGGCUGGCUCAAUCUCUUGAUCCUGACGAAGACGAAGACGAGGGAGAGUACUGUUCAGAGCAACCGCUACUCCUCAACAUGGCUCGAUCAGAUGUUCGGGAACGUCUCCACUUUUUAUUCUCUGUCAUUGCUCCUCUCCUGGAGUCGUACAUGCUGGUGGGGAAGUUUGCUCUGGACAGUCUGAUCCAAGAGCAAGAAGAGGAAGUAUUUGUGAAGGCACUGGGAGAGUUUGCAAGGGAGAGAGUCUCUGAUGGGCUGGCAGUGUUUUCGGAGAGUUGUGCCAUGAUCACUCUCAGGUCUGCGGUGAAAGCGCUGCAAGACAUGGACAUAAUAUACUCAUACCGAGGUGCCAACCUUACAAUCCUUGGCCUCAGUGAGGAAAUGGAUGCCAGACCGAGACUUGAGCAUCAUGUUUCACUCUUGCAGGCUGCUCUUAGUUAAAAGGGAGUGUGUAUACAGACCCAGUAACCGGGAACUAAAUCACAAAGUAUACAGAACCGGUAUAGGAACUCCUUUGUGA